UUUUCUAUCUUUCUCUACAGAGAAGUGGACAGUGACCAUUCCCACGGUUCACUUGGUGGCUAUAGUAGGAGGACAGAUUGAGCUUAGCUGCCAGUUGUUCCCAUCACAAAGUGCAAAACACAUGGAGGUAUCCUGGUUCAAGGCUGACCAUUCCAAGCUUGUUCACCUAUACAGAGAUGGCCAUGAAGUGAAAGGGGAAGCCACCCCAGAAUAUGUGGAUCGCACAGAGUUUGUGAGAGAGGCCAUUGGGGAGGGCAAAGUGACUCUCCGACUUCAUAAUAUCCGCAUUUCUGACAAUGGAACAUACCAGUGUUCAUUUAAGGAUGGCAACUUCAGCAAUGUGGCAAGCAUGAACCUGAAUGUAGCAGCAUUAGGCGUGGAGACACAGGUCCAUAUUCAGGCUCCUAGAACUGAUGGACUUAUGGUGGAGUGUAACUCAGGAGGCUGGUUCCCACAGCCCCAGAUGGUGUGCAGAGACAGCAAGGGAGAGGUAAUUCCACAUUCAUCACAAUCCUACUCACAGGAUGGAGCUGGAUUAUUCCACAUCAAGAUGACUCUUAUCAGAUACAGAUCACAGGGUGAUAUGAUUUGCUACAUUCGCAAUCCUCUGUCAGAUGAAGAAAAACAAAUAAAUAUCAUCUUAGCUGAUGCCCUGUUUGUUCCAGUCCACAUUGGACUGAUGGUUUUAGCUUCACUUUUCUCUGUGAUACUGGCUGUUAUUGGUGUGCUCCUUAUCUGUCGAUGUUCCAAAAAAACAGUGUUCGGAUGUGACUCCAUUCACAUAAUGAACACAAUUCCUGCUCAAGUACUGGGUUUCAUAUGCUUUUGUGCAAUGCUCCGUAUAUAUCUGCAUUUCCGGCUACAAG